CAAGCUCUGCACCACAGGAAAAUUAAGAGUCGACCAACACAUAUAUUUGAUCAAAAAUGGGUGUUAACCCGAGGGUUUACUUCGACAUCACGAUCGGCGGAGCGCCUGCGGGGCGGAUGGUGAUGGAGCUUUUCGCCGACAAGACACCGACCACCGCCGAGAACUUUCGCGCGCUCUGCACCAGCGAGAAGGGUAAGGGGCGCGCGGGGAAGCCCCUCCACUACAAGGGAUCCACCUUCCACCGCGUCAUCCCCGGCUUUAUGUGCCAGGGCGGCGACUUCACUGCGGGCAACGGGACCGGCGGGGAGUCGAUCUAUGGGGCGACAUUCAAAGACGAGAACUUUGAGCUGAAGCACACGGGCUGUGGCAUGCUGUCGAUGGCGAACGCAGGGCCGAACACGAACGGCUCGCAGUUCUUCAUCUGCACCGCGAAGACGCCCUGGCUCGACGGAAAACACGUCGUGUUCGGGAAGGUUGUGGAGGGGACGGAGGCCCUCGCUGCCGUCGAGAAGGCCGGAUCGCAGAGCGGCCGCACCGUGAAGCCCGUCGUCAUCGCGGACUGCGGCCAGCUGUAGCUGUAUAGCUGGCUGCAUUUUGAACCAGCAGCGGCACGAUUAUUGAUGCGCUGAUGAUCCCUCUACAUACGUUGUCUCCUUACUAAACUUCGACGUCAUGUUGAAAUUUAAAUGUGUCUCGUAUCUAUAAGUGUCACGAAUGGAGUGUCUAUAAUCUGUAACCCAUUUAACUGAAAUUAUCAAUUCCAAAUAAUUAAAUAAAAUCUGGCUCUUUCUAUUAAA